UCUCAAUUCAAGCUGUAACAACAACAACCCUGCAAAUUACACAUGUGGUCUAAGAGUUGAAAAAUCCUGAAAGAAUUGUCCAGGUUUAGGUAGAGUUCUCCAUUCUACAGUCUGAAGAUGUACACAGACAUACAUCAAGAUGUACACAGACGUACAUCACAAACACUGGCUGCUGCUACAGCAUGUUUCCACAAACUGCAGGUAAGGCGUGAUUUGAUGGAAUGCUGCUUCAAGACUGCAAACAUUCACCCAACAUAUAAAUCAUAACAAGAAACAUUCUUUUUUAAACAAUUUUAACUGUUAUGCUUUCAUAGGAGAAAAAAAAAUGCACAACUUAUAGACAAAUGCCUCAGACUCUGUAGAUUUCAUAAACUGAACAUAAGUUUGUGAUGCGUGGCUUUAUUUUUUAUAUGAACACGUAAAUACAAGAGAUCUUUUCCAUUAUGAAAAGCAAACAUUUAUGGCCAGAGAUCUAUGCUGGAACUCAAACACUUGCUCCCUGCCCUCUAGAGUUGUUCAAUUUUUGCUCCUGACACAGAGUUUGUAUUUGUAGGACAAGGAUCACACUGCAGACCCAUCAGCUCCUCACUAUUCUUCAGCAGUUGCUUCUCCCACGUGAGGUCUCCCAAGAAACAAAAAGGAAGGAAAGAGAGCAUGUGUUCGACCUGUCUCCACCGUGAGAACCCGGUCAAGUCCGUUGCUUGCGAGAUUUCUCGACCCCGUUCUCAGCGUUCUCCCACCUCGGCAGGCACCGCCGCCUCCCCGCUACCCCGAAGGAGCCGCUCGCUCAGCUCCGGUGAAGCCGUAUCCUUCCACGCCCGCGGGCCGCAGCUUUCCCAAAGCAGCACCCAGGGCUGAGCAGGGCCGGGCUCCGAAAGCCCCCGAGUCAUUGUGCUCGGGGAGGGGACCGCAGCUGUCAGGGCGCUCCGGGCCCUGCCCCGCACGACCGAUCAGCGCGCUCAGCGGCCGCCCGCCCUCCUCCGGCGUUUUGCGGCCCUCGAGGCCCGCGGAGCCGGGUUGGCUCCGGCGCCAACAGCCCAGGCGGGCGCCAUGCUAAAAACCAAAAUGGCUGCCCCAGGGAAGGGAGCCCAGCUCGGGCCGUGAGCGGCCGCGCCUCCGCCAGCCCCGCCGCCCGGCGACGUCGCUUCGCCGUCCGGCCCUCGCGCAGAAAUACUCCUAUAAAUUCCUGCAUCAAUAAUUUAAACUGAUUGCUGAGAUCAACAAAACAGAAAUGAUAAAAUUUUUUCUUAUGGUGAACAAACAAGGUCAGACCAGGCUCUCCAGGUAUUAUGAGCACAUAGAAAUUCAUAAACGGACAAUGUUGGAAGCUGAAGUAAUCAAAAACUGUCUCUCUCGUUCAAAGGAUCAAUGCUCUUUCAUUGAGUAUAAGGACUUUAAGUUGGUAUACCGACAGUACGCAGCCCUUUUUGUAGUCGUUGGAAUCAAUGAGACAGAGAAUGAGAUGGCAGUAUAUGAACUAAUUCAUAAUUUUGUGGAGGUUCUGGACAAAUACUUCAGCAGAGUGAGUGAAUUAGAUAUCAUGUUCAAUCUGGACAGAGUGCACAUCAUACUGGAUGAAAUGGUGCUAAACGGCUGCAUUGUGGAAACAAACCCCAGCAGAAUUCUUGCUCCUCUGUUUGUGCUCGACAAAGUGGCAGAGAGUUAGGAAGAUGCACUGAAGCGUUUAACAGCAGAUGGUGAAACCCUUGGAAGCACACCAACAAGCAGGCUCUUGAUUUUGCAAGACCAACUCAUGCAAUAUUUAAAUCAGCUGAAAAGUAUUUCCUGCUUCUUCCAUACCCUGAAAAAGACACAGAACCACAAGGUUGAGCCUUUAUUUUCAGAUGUAACUUUCUAAGGACACAGCAGAAACAUUUCUAGAACAGAAGAAAAGUCCCUGAAGAAUUGUUUUUUCUUCUAAACAAACUACGAAUAAAGCAAUGGAAACUUACUUGUGACUAUGUAGGUACGGCUCCGAAUCCUGCAGCAUUCUGCCAGACCUGGACAGACUGAAAAUAUGGAAAAACAAUUUCAAACUAUCUUUCAAUGGCACUUCUUAAAGCAACAAUAUGCUUCUUUAUUUUCAUAUAUAUGCACUGAAAGUUAAAGUUCAGUAACUUUUAUGACCACAUUUAAACUAGAUUCAGCCUUAAUCAAAAAGCUGGUCAUCUUGACCACAGAGAUCUUCUGAUUUUGGUUACAAAAUACAUGUAAGUAAUACAAGUGUAGAUGUAUGUAAGAUUCCUGCAUACUGUGUUGUGUUGUAACUAGAAUUAAGUUACACUUUAAUAUUAUAACAUUAAUAAAUUAAUUAAAAUCAAAAGGUUUGAUAUUUUACAAUAGACGUAUUUGCUUUGUAAAUCACACAAUAUCUUUGUUAUCUUGGAACACCACUGUUAGUGGGUUUUUUCUUUUCAAAAUAGCCAUUUGCAUCCAAAUGCUAUAUCACUUAAGUCACUGAAGUCAGCAAUCUACAAUUGCUUUAAUUUACCUUCCUGGGUAUGUAAGUUAUCAGGCUCCUUCUUCAUGACCCCCAAGCCAGAGCUAGGUGUAACAGGACACUGAAAGAGCAAGAGCUCUGUGUUUGAAAGCACAUUGACAGCUGCAGUUAAACAGUACAAAAAGCAAGGCCUAGUGACUACAGAGUGAAGUGUAGUGCAGAAGAAACGUUUACAGCUCACAACUUCCAAGUUCUCCUCCUACCAGCCAGGAAACCUCAGCAUCCUGAGAAACAGGUGGCAUUCCAGCUUCUCGAACUGAAGACACCACAGGGCAUAGACAUUUCUUGCAAACUACCACACAAACUCAAACUUCCAACUAAGGUUAGUAUGUUGAUCUCUAAUUAUAGAUAACGAAGUGCCAGCUGACCGCAGCCUACUCCUUUAUCUCAGCAGGUUGCCAACAUAAAUAUUCCUUCCCAAUGCAGGACAAUGCUACAGUUAAAUACAUUAAACAAAACAAACAAACAAACAAAAAAACCCCAUACAAAACUAUUUCCUUUAAUUGACAAUGUAAAUAAUUAAUAAUAGUCAAACUGUCCACAAAGUAUCCAUCCAUAAAGAACUAACUAUAUGGA